AUGGUUAAGGCUGUUGCUGUCCUCCGUGGUGACGCCAAGGUCGCCGGCACCGUCACCUUCGAGCAGGCCGAAGAGAGCGGUCCCACCACCAUCUCUUGGAACAUCUCUGGCAACGACUCCAACGCCGAGCGUGCCUUCCACGUCCACCAAUUCGGUGACAACACCAACGGCUGCACCUCGGCCGGUCCCCACUUCAACCCCUUCAGCAAGACCCACGGUGCUCCCACUGACUCCGAGCGUCACGUCGGUGACCUGGGCAACUUCAAGACCGAUGCUGAGGGCAAUGCUACCGGCUCUGUGCAGGACAAGUUGGUCAAGCUGAUCGGUGCCGAGAGCGUUCUGGGCCGUACUCUGGUCGUUCACGCCGGCACUGACGACCUCGGCCGUGGCGGCAACGAGGAGUCCAAGAAGACUGGCAACGCUGGUGCUCGCCCUGCCUGCGGUAAGCAGAUCACGUCAUUGGAGAGCUCGGUGAUCCAUGCUAAUGAGAAACAUAGGUGUCAUUGCAUGCCUUUCGAAGCUCGUGUCAAGUCCGUUCUGUCGGGCGACACGGUGGUGCUGGCGCAUGUCGCCAAUCCCACACAAGAGCGCAUUCUCAGUCUGGCCUAUGUCUCAGCACCAAGAUUACGACGAGAGGGAGAUGAGGCAUAUGGCUUCCAGUCCCGUGAAUUCCUGCGUGAGCUUCUGGUUGGCAAAGUGAUUCAAUUCCAGAUCGUCUACACUAUCCCCACGGGCGCCAAGCGCGAAUACGGCAUCAUCAAGCUGCCCGGGUUCGAUGCCUCGCUGCCCGACAUCAGUGUGCAGGAAGGGUGGAGUCGUGUCCGUGAGGAAGCGGGCAAGCGGUCAGAUGAGUCCGAGGAGACUCUAAAGCUGCUGGAGCGGCUGCGUGCCCUGGAGUCCCUCGCCCGCAGUGAAGAGAAGGGUGUAUGGGCUGGUUCGGAAGAGGGCCAGAUAGAUACCAGCUAUGAAUCGUCAUCCCCCAAGGCCCUGGUGGCCAAGAAUCAGGGACAGCAGCUGGAUGGCAUUAUUGAGAAGGUUCUGAAUGGUGACCGUGUGGUGCUGCGUCUGCUUCUCUCGCCGAAAGAGCACAUCCAGACGGUUGUUGCGGUGGCUGGUAUUCGGGCACCUGCUGCGCGACGGACAACUACCGAUGGCAAGGAACAGCCUGCUGAGCCCUUCGGAGACGAGGCUCUGCAGUUCUUUGAGUCGCGGCUGCUGCAGCGCAAGGUCAAGGUUUCCUUGCUGGGAGUCACACCGCAGGGCCAGCUGGUUGCUACUCUGCUGCAUCCUAAUGGUAACAUCGCUCGAUUUGUCCUCGAGGCUGGUCUCGCUCGCUGCCAGGACCACCACUCGACACUUCUGGGUCCCGACAUGGCCCUCCUCCGCCAGGCGGAGCAGACCGCCAAGAAUGCUCGGAAGGGGGUUUUCACCGGCCAUGUGGGCUCCAAGGCUACUGGUGCGGCUGCCGCAGACUAUAUUGUCAGCCGCGUGUUCAAUGCCGAUACCCUCUUCAUCCGCAACAAGGCUGGCCAGGAGAAACGGAUCAGUCUGACCAGUAUCCGCCAACCCAAGCCUUCCGACCCCAAGCAGGCCCCAUUUGCUGCCGAGGCCAAGGAGUUCCUUCGCAAGCGUGCUAUUGCCAAGAAUGUCAGGGUCACCGUGAACGGCAAGAAGCCUGCUACUGAAGGCUACGAGGAGCGCGAGGUGGCCACUGUGGUGCAGGGCAACACUAACCUUGGACUUGCUCUGGUUGAAACUGGAUAUGCUUCCGUGAUCCGACACCGCAUGGAUGAUGACGACCGAUCUCCUGACUACGAUGCGCUGCUUGCCGCCGAGGCGGAUGCCCAAAAAGAAGGCCGCGGCAUGUGGUCUCCCAAACCGCCCAAGGCCAACCAAUACCAGGACUACUCGGAGAGUGUACAGAAGGCUAAGAUGGAGCUGGGUAUCCUGCAACGGCAAAGGCGCGUUCCGGCUGUUGUGGACUUUGUCAAGUCUGGUUCUCGCUUUACAGUCCUGGUGCCUCGUGAGAACGCCAAGAUGACUCUGGUGCUCUCGGGAAUCCGUGCCCCUCGGUCUGCUCGCGGACCCAGUGAUGCCGGCGAGCCCUUCGGCCAGGAAGCUCAUGAUCUGGCCAACCGCCGAUGCAUGCAGCGCGAUGUCGAGAUCGACGUCGAGACUAUUGACAAGGUUGGCGGCUUCAUUGGCUCUCUGUACGUCAACAAGGAGAACUUCACUAGAAUCUUGCUGGAGGAGGGUCUCGCAACGGUGCACGCAUACUCGGCCGAGCAGUCGGGUCACGCCACGGAAUACUUUGCGGCGGAGCAGCGUGCCAAAGAUGCGCGCAAGGGUCUGUGGCACGACUGGGACCCGAGCAAGGAGGCUGCUGAGGCGGAGGAGUCGGAGACUGCUAAUGGCACCGGCACUGAAAGCGAGGCUGCCCCGACACAGCGUCGCAAGGACUACCGGGACGUGACGGUGACGCACAUCGACCCGAGCACGGGCAAACUCAAGCUGCAACAGAUCGGAGCCGGCACGAGCGCGCUGACGGAGCUGAUGAGUGCAUUCCGUUCCUUCCACCUGAACAAGGCCAACGACACGGCUCUGCCCGGUCCGCCCAAGGCGGGUGACUGGGUUGCGGCCCGCUUCACCGAGGACGGCAACUGGUACCGCGCCAAGGUGCGCCGCAACGACCGCGACAACCAGCAGGCCGAGGUGGUUUAUAUUGAUUUCGGCAACUCCGAGUCCCUGCCGUGGUCCAGCCUGCGUCCUCUCACCCAGUCACAGUUCUCGGGCCAAGCCCUGCGCCCGCAGGCCGUCGAUGCUGCACUCUCGCUCCUGCAGUUCCCUACGUCUCCGGACUAUCUUGCCGAUGCCGUCGCCUUUGUUGAGGAGCAGACUUUCGACCGCCAGCUCGUCGCCAAUGUCGACCACGUCGACACCGAUGGCACCUUGCACGUUACUCUGCUCGACCCAGCCGUCUCCAAGAGCCUUGACCAGAGUAUCAAUGCGGACAUUAUCCGCGAGGGUAUGGCCAUGGUGCCUCGCAAGCUGAAGGCGUGGGAGCGCGCCUCGGCGGACACUCUGGCAAACCUGCGCGCGCUCGAGGACGAGGCCAAGUCCGAGCGUGGUGGUAUGUGGGAGUAUGGUGAUCUGACGGAAGACUAA